UCUCCCUGCAGUCCCUGCGCUCUCUCUGUCUCGUCGUCUCUCGCGACGUUGCGCGACGUACCCUGCGAAAGAGAGUUGCGCAUUUUUCCGUCUCGUGCCCACCAAGACUAACAUGGCUCCUCCGACGUACAACGACCUAGGAAAGAGUGCUCGUGACGUAUUUGGUCAAGGUUACCACUUCGGUUUGUUUAAACUUGAUGUGAAGACCAAGACUAAUUCCGACGUAGAGUUCUCUUGCGGCGGCGUGUCCAAUCAGGACACGGGAAAGGUGUUCGGUAACUUGGAGACUAGGUACAAGUUCAAGGAACAUGGGUUGACGUUUAGCGAGAAGUGGAAUACCGACAAUACUCUUGGGACCGAAGUCAGCAUUGCGAAUAAGUUGCUCAAUGGUCUCACGGUCGGCUACAGCUGUACCUUCUCCCCACAAACCGGUUCCAAGACCGGAAAACUGAAGACGACUUAUAAACAUGAAAAUGUGUCUGCAACUGCUGAUUUUGAUCUCAGUCUGUCUGCUGGACCUCUAGUUUACACCUCGGCUGUCGUGGGUUAUCAAGGAUGGCUGGGUGGUUAUCAGGCAUCCUUUGACUCACAAAGAAACAAACUUACAAGGAACAACUUUGCUCUUGGAUUUACCGCUUCUGACUUUACUCUUCAUAGCGCUGUUGAUAAUGGUCGCGAGUUUAGUAGCUCCAUUUAUCACAAAAUAAAGCCGGAAUUGGAGGGAGCAAUUAACUUGGCGUAUAAUUCCAGUAAUAAUGUAACACAAUUUGGUAUUGGCGCAAAGUAUAAUCUUGAUAAUGAUGCUAACAUUAGAGCCAAAGUGAAUUCUAAUCUACAAAUAGGUUUGGGAUACCAACAGAAACUGCGGGACGGUGUAACUUUGACGCUUUCUACAAACAUUGACGGGAAGAACUUUGGCUCUGGUGGCCACAAGUAUGGCGUCGCACUAGAUCUCCAGGCUUAAAUACGUACCAUAUAAAGUAAUGCUUAUUACGAGAAAGCAAAAAAUUUAUCCCAUACGAAUACAUAUUUCGUGACUUCUGUGUCAUAAAAUCGGCGUGACAGUACAUGCUUCAAAUAAAAUAUUACCUAUAACAUGUAGAUAGAUUGAUCCUUGAAUAGAUGCUACAAAAUAUCAUUUGAGAUUAGUUGGCGAUCGCAUUAGUUUAAUAUACAUAAUUAUGACCAUGAAUCAGCAAUAUCUCUUGUGAACAAUAUGGCAUCGUAAUUACGCAUACAAGUUUGUACUGUUAGUCGUAUUGAAAUUCCACGCGCAGUUUUUUGUCAGUUCCUGUUAACUGA